AUGUUAUCUUUACGUACAAGGUGUCAUGCACAUAGAAAUAGUUUAUUUAAACUAUCUUUAAAUUUUCUAAAGACAAGAGCAGCUUUCUCCACAACCACAUUUAACAAUUUGGCUCAACCAAACAACAGCAGCAGCAGUAGUAGCAGCAGCAGUUUUAGCAAAGACUACCACAUUAUCGACCAUGAAUAUGACUGUGUUGUUGUUGGUGCCGGUGGUGCCGGUCUUCGAGCAGCUUUUGGUCUGGCUGAGGCUGGGUUUAAGACCGCUUGUAUCUCCAAAUUGUUUCCAACCAGAUCACACACAGUUGCCGCUCAAGGUGGUAUCAACGCAGCUUUGGGUAACAUGCAUCCAGAUAACUGGAAAUGGCACAUGUAUGACACCGUCAAGGGCUCUGAUUGGUUAGGUGACCAGGACUCUAUCCAUUACAUGACCAGAGAGGCUCCAAAAGCCAUCAUCGAACUGGAACAUUUCGGUAUGCCCUUCUCGAGAAAUGAAGAAGGUAGAAUCUAUCAAAGAGCCUUUGGUGGGCAAUCCAAGGAAUUCGGUAAAGGUGGUCAAGCCUACAGAACUUGUGCUGUGGCAGACAGAACUGGUCACGCAAUGUUACACACCCUAUACGGUCAGGCUCUAAACCAUGACUGUAACUUCUUCAUUGAAUUCUUCGCCAUGGAUCUUUUGACCCAUAAUGGUGAAGUCGUCGGUGUGAUCGCUUAUAACCAAGAGGAUGGAACCAUCCACAGAUUCAGAUCUCACAAAACCGUCAUCGCUACCGGUGGCUAUGGUAGAGCCUACUUCUCUUGUACUUCAGCCCAUACCUGCACAGGUGAUGGCAAUGCCAUGGUCUCACGUGCCGGUUUCCCACUGCAAGAUUUGGAGUUCGUUCAAUUCCAUCCUUCCGGUAUAUACGGGUCCGGUUGUUUGAUCACCGAAGGUGCAAGGGGUGAAGGUGGUUUCUUACUAAACUCUGAAGGUGAAAGAUUCAUGGAAAGAUACGCACCAACCGCCAAAGACCUUGCUUCCAGAGACGUCGUCUCAAGGGCCAUCACCAUGGAAAUUAGAGCAGGCAGAGGGGUCGGUAAAGACAAGGACCAUAUGUACUUACAACUCUCUCACUUACCACCAAGUGUCUUGAAGGAAAGACUACCAGGUAUAUCCGAGACUGCUGCCAUCUUCGCAGGCGUUGAUGUCACUAAAGAACCAAUCCCAAUCUUACCAACCGUCCAUUACAACAUGGGUGGUAUUCCAACUAGGUGGACUGGUGAAGCCUUGACCAUUGACCAAGAGACCGGUGAAGAUAAGGUCAUCCCAGGUCUUUUCGCUUGUGGUGAAGCCGCUUGUGUUUCUGUUCACGGUGCCAACAGAUUAGGCGCUAACUCUCUAUUAGACUUAGUCGUCUUUGGUCGUGCUGUCGCUCAUACCAUCAGUGAUACUUUACAACCCGGUUUACCACAUAAACCUCUCCCAAACGAUAUCGGUAAAGAGUCUAUUGCUAAUCUAGAUAGAAUAAGAAACGCUAGCGGUUCCAGACCAACCUCUGAAAUUAGAAUGAAGAUGAAAAAGACUAUGCAAAGGGACGUCUCUGUCUUUAGAACACAGGAGACUUUAGAUGAAGGUGUAAGCAAUAUUAUCGCCGUCGCUGAUUCUUUCAAAGAUGUGGGCACCACAGACAGAUCCAUGAUUUGGAACUCCGACUUGGUAGAAACUUUAGAAUUACAAAACUUAUUGACUUGUGCUAAGCAAACUGCUGUAUCUGCUGCUGCAAGAAAGGAAUCUAGAGGUGCUCACGCCAGAGAAGACUAUCCAAAGAGAGAUGACGAGAACUGGAUGAAACAUACUUUAUCUUGGAAUAAAGAUAUUUCUGAUCCAGUUACUUUGAAAUAUAGAAAUGUUAUCUACAAAACCUUGGAUGAAAAUGAAUGUCCAUCCGUUCCACCUGCUAUUAGGUCUUAUUAA